AUGUUUGGGCCCGUCUUCUUAUUCCUGACUGCAGUCGUUUUGGCAGCCAUUCUCCUGUUCUUGAUGGUCUUUUUCGUCAUCAUGUUCUCUGAUUUAGAAUGUGAUUAUAUCAACCCUAUUGACCUUUGCAACAAACUCAACCAAUUUGUCUUGCCCGAGAUGGGAUUGCAAGCCUUUGUAUUCUUUAUUUUCUUGGUCACUGGCCAUUGGUUCCCUAUGCUUAUCAAUUUACCCGUGUUAGCUCUCAAUAUUAGAAAGGUCAUGAAUCAUCAACACAUGUACGAUGCCACAGAGAUUUUCCGUACCUUGUCAAAGCACAAAAAGGAAAGUUUCUUGAAACUUGGCUUCUACGCUUUGUGUUUCUUCUUUUACCUCUACAAGAUGAUUGUAUCUUUGAUUGCUUCUGAUUAA